UCACCAUCGGCACCGUUCUGGUCCCCAUCCUGCUGGUCACCCUGGUCUUCACCAAGAACUUCGCAGCCAGAGGAGGGUAGUAGGCCUGUCCUACACCUGCUGGACCCCGGUGUAAAUGGGACUAGGCUCUGGGCUCUGGAAUGUCACAGUGGGAUCUGAGGCUUGGAGAAGUAGCCAGGGGUGCAGAUGGCUGUGCCCUCUGCAGCUACUGGACAACAAGAACAGAUGUCUUGACAGCGAACUUCAACACCGUCCUCCAACUUUCAGUAAACCCUGGACCUGGAGAUAUCCGUCCUGCAUGCGGGCAUCCUUCAGCCUGUUUAAGAUCAUCCCAAGGGUGGAGAAGGUUCAGCUGGUCUCACCCCACGGACACUGGUGUCCGAAGACUCUGACACUCAAGAUUAGAUGCCCCUACUGGCAGGACAGAAGUCCUGGUGCACAACAGGGCCUCAGGUCAUGCUCAGAGGAACCAAUUUACUGUUAUACUCCGCACAACUUCACCCGCGACCAGGCACUGUAUGCCCGCGGCUACUGCUGGACAGAGCUGCGGGACGCGCUGCCCGGUGUGGAUGCCAGCCUGUGGCCAUCGCUGUUUGAGCACAAGUUCCUGCCCUACGCACUGCUGGCCUUCGCCGCCAUCAUGUAUGUGCCCGCGCUGGGCUGGGAGUUCCUGGCUUCCACCCGCCUCACCUCUGAGCUCAACUUCCUGCUGCAGGAGAUCGAUAACUGCUACCACCGAGCAGCCGAAGGCCGUGCCCCCAAGAUCGAGAAACAGAUCCAAUCCAAGGGGCCCGGCAUCACAGAGCGUGAGAAGAGAGAGAUCAUCGAGAACGCUGAGAAGGAAAAGAGCCCUGAGCAGAAUCUGUUCGAAAAAUACUUGGAGCGCCGAGGCCGCAGCAACUUCCUGGCCAAGCUGUACCUGGCACGCCAUGUGCUCAUCCUGCUGCUCAGCGUGGUGCCCAUCUCCUAUCUGUGCACCUACUAUGCCACCCAGAAGCAGAAUGAGUUCACCUGUGCCCUAGGCACCUCACCUGACGGGCCGGCGGGGGGCGCUGGUCCCACAGUACGUGUCAGCUGCAAGCUGCCAUCUGUGCAGCUGCAGCGAAUCAUUGCAGGCGUGGACAUUGUGCUGCUCUGCUUCAUGAACCUCAUCAUCCUCGUCAACCUCAUCCACCUCUUCAUCUUCCGGAAGAGCAACUUCAUCUUCGACAAGCUGCACAAGGUGGGCAUCAAGACGCGACGGCAGUGGCGACGCUCACAGUUCUGCGACAUCAACAUCCUAGCCAUGUUCUGCAACGAGAACCGCGACCACAUCAAGUCGCUCAACCGGCUGGACUUCAUCACCAACGAGAGUGACCUCAUGUAUGACAAUGUGGUGCGGCAGCUCCUGGCAGCCUUAGCUCAGUCCAAUCACGACACCACACCUACAGUGCGAGACUCGGGCAUCCAGACCGUGGACCCCAACAUCAACCCUGCAGAGCCUGAUGGGUCUGCUGAGCCACCCGUGGUUAAGAGACCCCGAAAGAAGAUGAAGUGGAUCCCCACCAGCAAUCCGCUGCCACAGCCCUUCAAGGAGCAGCUGGCCAUCAUGCGUGUGGAGAACAGCAAGACCGAGAAGCCCAAGCCUGUGCGAAGGAAGACUGCCACGGACACACUUAUUGCCCCGCUGCUGGACGCUGGUGCCCGUGCAGCCCACCACUACAAGGGUGGUGGAGGUGAUACAGGCCCCUCCCCAGCCCCACCUCCCGCCCCUGACAAGAAGCAUGCCCGUCACUUCUCCCUGGACGUACAUCCCUACAUCCUAGGCACCAAGAAGGCCAAGCCUGAGGCAGUGCCUGCUGCCCUGCCCACCUCCCGGAGCCAGGAAGGUGGCUUCCUGUCCCAGACAGAGGAAUGUGGGCUAGGCCUGGCUGCAGCACCCACCAAAGAUGCUCCGCUCCCCGAGAAGGAAAUCCCAUACCCCGCAGAGCCUGCCUUGCCAGGCCUUCCAUCUGGGGGCCCAUUUCACGUCUGCUCACCCCCUGCAGCCCCUGCUGCUGCCCCCCUAUCACCAGGCAGUCUGGGCAAGGCUGACCCCCUCACCAUCCUGAGCCGAAAUGCCACUCACCCCCUGCUGCACAUCAGCACGCUGUAUGAGGCCCGGGAGGAAGAAGAAGGAGGCCCCCGUGCACCCCCAGACAUGGGCGACCUCCUUGCCAUCCCCCCACCCCAGCAGAUCCUCAUCGCCACCUUCGAGGAGCCAAGAACAGUCGUGAGUACUGUGGAGUUCUGAGGGGCAGAGCCAUCAGGCCACCAAAAACCCUCAGCCAGGGAUGGCUGAUCCCAGCCCUGAGUGGACAUGGCCUCUGCUCGCCUGGUAUUGCCCACACCCCCAGACUCCUGUCUGCAUGCCACGGGGCCCAGCACCCCUUCCACCUGCCUCAAUGUGGCAUCCACGUGUGCAGGCUGGGGCUAGAGCACGAGGUGGGGCAGGGUGCCCACCCCAGCAUCAGACACUCCCCUGAGGUGCUGGGCUACAAGAUGAAGAGUUUAUUUUUUUAGUGGGUUUUGGUGUGGGCGGAGACUGUGGCAGGACAACUCAGUACACCCAGGUUGGGCCCAGCCCAGGGCAAGUGAGGAGGAUGCUGGCAAAGGUGGCACUGGCCUCAGGACAGACCCCCGGGGUCACUCACUCAGGGGUUUGGCCCCUGCAGGGACCUGAUGCCCUCGGGUGGGGGGCCGAGGGCUGCCCCAGGUCCAAAUCAACAUGCACUUUCUCCUCACAGCCUGACAUACACUUUAUUUUAUUAUGAUUACUGUAACUGAUGAGCAUAUUUAUCAUCAGGAGACUUAGGAUGAGUUUAAAGCAAAGGAUGGUGUGUGUGAGUGGGCCGUAAACAGAGGUGGGUGUGAGCGUGCAAGUGUGAGUACAGUAUGUGCCUAAGUAGAAUGGGUUUGCUGGAGGGCAGAGUGCCUGUGUGCAAGCAAGCUCACGAACAAGUAGGGGGUAACAGGUGUGAGUGAGCUUGAGUGUAUGUGAGUGUGCAAGUGGCACCCACAUGUGAGCAGUAGUCGAGAGCAGGCACGGGCACCAGUGCGAGAGUGAGGGAAAGAAUCCAACGCAAUAACCACAUCCCCCUCCCGGGUCCCCAGCUGCUGGCUGGGCUGCUUCCCAUGGGAGCCCAGGCCCCACUGGCCCCACCCCUAUUACCUCAGCCAGCGCCACUUGACGCAGUAUUAACAAGGUAGCACUGAGCAUAUCAAUAAAUACUAUUCUGAUAACUGCCUGUGCUUCAAGGCCCUGCCUCCCUGAGCUGGUGCCUCCUGCCCAGCCUGCAACACCCAUCAACACCUGGGCAUUACUUGGGGCCACUGAGGACCAGUGGGGAGGGUCAGGCUGCCCAAGAUGCAGGGACAUCAGGCCUCCACCCAGAAGUGUGAGGAAGGGAAGCAUGGGUUCUGGGUUGGGGGGCUCUGGGAGGCCAGGGCAUUUGGUGGGCUCUCUUGGCGGGGCAUGGCAUGGCCUCAGGUCCUGUUGGGCAUAUUACCAGGGAAGUACAGAGCUGGCAGGAUCCAGGAUGCACUCAUGUUCAUCAGGAGGUUCACAGCAGGGGCUUCAACCUCAGGCUCAAGGCUCAGUGAGACAAAGCUGGCCCUGUGGAGCUACCUGUCCUGCAGGUGACCCCAUGGGUCUGAACAGAGACUCCUAGAGACCAGUGGCUGAGGCAGUUAGAACAGGAGCCCAAGAGGUUCAAGGACAUAGGCCGUGGGUCAACAGAGUGGGGCUAAGUCGAGUUCAGAGCAGCCACCUCUGCUUGGACCUUCUGAAAACUCCUUAACCAGCCCUGGAACAGCCCUGAGGUGGGCAGAGCAAGAUGUCCUCAAUGUCCCCAGGAGCCAAGACAGUCCAUCCUCCACUACAGCAGCCACCAAUCUGAGCCUGAGCAUAGCGCACAUUGGAGUCCACAUUCUGGUUUAUUUUUUUUAAAUGUUCUAUUAUUUCAGGCUUGGUGGGGCAUGCCUUUA